AUGACCGCUGUCCAGCGAGGUCUCCCUCUAAAGGACUAUAUGGUCGCUACCUUGAUCCGUUCGGUCAUGAUGUGUUUCACCGAGCGACAGAUGGUAUACCUCAUUAAACCCACAUCGCAGACAUACCGAACAUGGAUGGAUAAAAAUGCCAUAACUCGUGGUCAAUCUCCAGUCAAAGAUACUGUCAUCUUGGCUGAUGGUACGACCAAGCUACAUUGGCUCAGAAAGACCGAGGACAAAGCAUCAAAGGUGGUUCUGCUCUUCCAUGGGGGCGGCUAUUACAUGCCAUUGUCGCCUGAAUAUCUCAGCUUGUAUGCAUCCAUGAUUUACGCUCCUAGCUCGACAACAAAGACUAUGGCAGCUGCUGUCUUGGAAUACGAGGUCUCCACACAGAAAAAGUAUCCUCGUCAGCUUCAGCAAGCAAACAUGGCACUGGAGCACCUUCUGAAGCUUGGUUAUCAGGCAGGAGACAUUUUCAUUGGGGGCGACUCCGCUGGUGGUCAUCUUACCGUGAGCCUUUUGUCCCACUUGAUGCACAAACAUCCGUCAGUACCGAGUUCGAACAUAGCUGGUCCAGUGGCUGGAGCGUUCAUGAUCUCUCCAUGGGUCACUGAUGACUACUCUACAGUCUCGUUCAUCGAAAACGCCUGGAUCGACGUGUUGCCUCACAAGACUAUAAACCCGAACGCAGAUUUCUUCGCACCUUCUGAUAUUCGGCAAGCAGAAUCAGAGAGUAAACAAGGCUGGGCAAUGGCUCUGAACGCAGAUGAAAACUGGUGGAGCACACUGGCAGAUGUUGUCUCCAAUGUUCACAUCACCACGGGCGAGCAGGAGAUCUUCCGAGAUCACGUCGUUAUCUUUGCAGAUAUGCUUCGAAAACAAGCUCCUGGAUGCAAACACACUUUCGACCUGANNGGGGUGGAUGAGGCGCACUGUCACAUCUUGCUCUAUGAGAUACUGUAUCAUUCUGAGAACCCUGCACUCAGAAGCUUGCUUGAGUGGUUUACUACUAUCCUGAAAGAAUGA